UUUUUUUUUACAUUUUACAUUUCUGUCUAUCCUUUGUUUCUUCUCCUUCUUCUUUGCAAGAGCAGACGAGAAGCCUCGUUAAGAGCUUUUCAAGUGAUUUUCGAACGUCGAAAUCGUCAGAUUUCUGAAGAAACAUCGUUCUUAGGUUGCAGGUUUCUCGACGGAAACCCAAAGCUGGACGCUGUGACGUUCAGUUUCAUCAUUUCUCAGGUAAAUUGAAAACAAUACACUGUGGAGUUGAUCAAGUUAUUGUGGGUCACAAAUCACAGCGAUUGUGUGAAUUGAUCCGAUUGUAGGUAUUAAGAUGACAAAGCUCUCAGUCACAACUAUGGUAUCUAGAUCAUGUUCGAACUUUUUGGACUUGGCUUCUGGGGCUCUACUGGAUCCACCUUGCACUCCUAGAGCCCUACCACGGGUGAUGACUGUUCCUGGAAUUAUUUCUGAUAUAGAUGGUGAUAGAGGUAAUGAAGGGGAUACAGAUGUUCUCUCAUCUGUAUGCCGUGAGCGGGAAAUUAUAGUAGCAAACCACCUUCCUCUGCAUGCCCAGAAAGAUACAGAAACAGGCAGUUGGUGCUUCAGUUUGGAUGAGGAUUCACUUCUGUUACAAAUGAAGGAUGGCUUCUCAUCUGAAAGUGAGGUUAUUUACGUGGGCUCUCUGAAAGUUGAUGUUGAUGUCAGUGAACAGGAAGAGGUUGCCCAGAAACUGCUAGAGGUUUUUAAUUGUGUUCCCACAUUCCUACCUCCUGAUCUUCAGAAAAAAUUCUACCAAGGAUUCUGUAAGCAACAUUUGUGGCCUCUUUUUCAUUACAUGCUGCCUAUUUGUCUGGACCAUGGUGACCGCUUUAACCGGUCUCUUUGGCAGGCUUAUGUUUCUGCAAAUAAGAUUUUUGCUGAUAAGGUCAUGGAAGUAAUUAACCCUGAAGAAGAUUAUGUCUGGGUUCACGAUUAUCACCUUAUGGUACUCCCAACUUUCUUAAGGAGACGGUUCAAUCGAGUCAAACUUGGUUUCUUUCUUCACAGCCCAUUUCCUUCAUCAGAGAUUUAUCGGACUCUUCCAGUUAGAGAUGAAAUUCUGAGAGGACUGCUGAAUUCGGAUCUAAUUGGUUUUCAUACGUUUGAUUAUGCUCGGCAUUUCCUCUCUUGUUGCAGUAGGAUGUUGGGUUUGGACUAUGAAUCUAAGCGGGGGCACAUUGGACUUGAAUAUAUGGGCCGCACUGUAUACAUUAAGAUUCUGCCUGUUGGUGUUCAUAUGGGUCAGCUGGAGUCUGUAUUGAAUCUUCAUGCUACAUCUGUUAAAAUCAAAGAGAUCCGGGAACAGUUCAGGGGUAAAAAGUUGAUCCUAGGUGUUGAUGACAUGGACAUAUUUAAAGGAAUCAGUUUGAAAUUGUUAGCUGUAGAGCAGCUUCUCCAGCAGAAUCAGGAUUUGCAGGGCCGACUGAUUCUGGUCCAAAUAGUGAACCCUGCAAGGAGUACAGGGAAAGAUGUGCAGGAAGCAGAGAGGAAAACAUAUUCAACUGCCAAAAGGAUCAAUGAUACCUAUGGUUUGCCAGGCUAUAACCCAGUGGUCCUCAUUGAUCGCCCUGUUCCUCUAUAUGAGAAGAUUGCCUUUUAUGCUGUGGCUGAAUGUUGCAUUGUAAAUGCGGUUAGGGAUGGAAUGAACUUGGUACCAUACAAGUAUGUUGUUUGUAGGCAGGGAACUCCACAGAUAGAUGGAGCUAUGGGCAUCUCUGUGGGGUCCCCUCACACUAGCAUGCUUGUUGUGUCUGAGUUCAUAGGUUGCUCACCAUCUCUAAGUGGGGCAAUCAGGGUUAAUCCAUGGGAUAUUUAUGCUGUAGCUGAUGCCUUAAAUUUGGCCAUUACGAUGCCUGAUGCUGAGAAGCAAUUGCGGCAUGAGAAGCAUUAUCGUUAUAUCAGUUCUCAUGAUGUGGCAUAUUGGGCCCGGAGUUUCAUGCAGGAUCUUGAGAGAGCAUGCAAAGAUCACUAUAGUAAACGUUGCUGGGGAAUUGGUUUUGGUAUGAGUUUCAGGGUUGUUUCUCUUUCCCCAAGUUUUAGGAAAUUGACCAAUGACCAUGUCAUAUCAUCAUAUAAGAGAACCAAUAGAAGGGCAAUAUUUCUGGACUAUGAUGGCACAGUUGUGUCCCAAUCAUCUAUUAAUAAGAUUCCCAGCCCUGAAGUUAUAUCUGUACUAAACAAUCUCUGCAGUGAUCCGAAAAACACCGUGUUUAUUGUUAGUGGUAGAGGGCGGAAUUCUCUGAGUGAAUGGUUUGCUUCUUGUGAUAUGUUGGGAAUAGCAGCUGAGCAUGGAUAUUUUGUAAGGUGGAGUAAAUUAUGUGACUGGGAGUCCAGUUCAUUAGCUAUUGACCUUGACUGGAAACGAAUUGUAGAACCUGUAAUGAGAUUGUACACAGAGACCACUGAUGGGUCUUACAUAGAGACUAAGGAGAGUGCAUUGGUCUGGCAUUAUCAAGAUGCUGAUGCUGACUUCGGAUCUUGCCAGGCCAUGGAACUGUUGGAUCAUCUAGAAAAUGUACUUGCAAACGAGCCAGUUGCUGUUAAGAGGGGCCAGCAUAUUGUUGAAGUUAAACCACAGGGAGUAGGCAAAGGAUUGGUUGCAGAGAAGCUUCUGUCAACAAUGGUUUGCAAUGGGAAGCCACCUAAUUUUGUCAUGUGCAUUGGAGAUGACAGAUCUGAUGAAGACAUGUUUGAGAGCAUAUUAAGUACGGUGUCUAGUCCAUUGUUGCCUGCAGUUCCUGAAAUUUUUGCUUGUACUGUUGGACAGAAGCCAAGCAAGGCCAAGUACUACCUAGAUGAUACUGUGGAUGUUGUGAAACUGCUUCAAGGCCUUGCUAAUGCUUCAAGCCAGAAGCCCAGGUAUAGUGGCCAACAUAAAGUCUCUUUUGAAAGCACACCUUGAGAUGCAGGAUGCUAGUUUUGUGCAUUCAGAUGGGUAGAAGAAGAGUGAUUGAUAUGGUUGGGUGGAUACACUAUGGUUUAUAGGCUGUUUGCUAGGACGAACUGCUUCCUAGCAUGAUUUUAGGGUGGUGGGAUUCUCUGCCAAUAAUAACAUUAACCUGAUGAUUUCUACUCAAAUCUGAUGGUUGGUGGAUUUUUGCCGAUGUGGUUUUAGUUACCUUGGGAGAAGAGAGGUAGUUCAGAAUGUUGCAUCGCUUGAAAAAACCCACCUUUUGACUCUGGAUCUGUGGAAAAUGGUGUAUCAGCUUGGUCCAUGGGGUUCUGUAUUUUGGGGAAGAAGGUAAAAAAAAUUUUUUUUUUAGUGGUGAGGGGUACAUAUAUAGAAUCUCGGGGAGUAGAUAGCAGUUUGAAUUAGAAUUCUCAAUGUUCAUAAUUGGUUUUCUGAUAUGAGGACACCAUUGAUUUGUACA